AUGGCUGCGGACCGAAAGCAGAGGACGAAGAAGGUUGUCGUUUCAUAUACGGCGUCAGCAGGACAUAUUGGUCGCAACCCCGGCCGUCCAAAGAAGCUCGCGCGGCAGCAGGAACUAGGUAUUCUCAGCAUCCUUCCCCCGACGAAAACAUUGUGUCCUGCUACUCCCUCCACCGAGCUUGACCCCCAUUAUCCGCAUCCCUAUUGGCAUGUUCAUUGCCAGGUGGGAAGCGCAGCCAAGAUGGCUCAACUCAUAAAGGCGGAAGCUUCCGCGCACACUCCGUCGGCCCCAUUCGGUGUUGAGAUCAACCAACUUCAGUCCGAUAACGCCGCUGUCGCUUUCUCCCGCAUCAACGCGCCAGACCUUGUCUUCCUUAGUUUGAACAAGGGCGGCACUACCAACAUCACUCCGGAGGCUCGCGCGCAGGUCAGCAACGCCAUCAAAUAUCUGAUUGCGUCGAGGCUCGUCAAGUUCCUUUAUCAUGCCGCCGGGAAUGGGACGAGGGACGAGGAGGCCGAUGUCUACACGCUGUGUCGGCGGGCGGCAAACACACUCACGCAUCUUUCCCUCGAGCUCUCCUUCUGCGACAAGAAGGCGCUACUAGCCUACCUCUGCUCUCAGGCGGCGGCUGGCCUGGUGUCGCUGGAGCUGAAGUCGAACACGAGCUUGCAGACCCCGCUGGUCAACGCUUUCAAGGCAGGCAAAUUGCCCAACCUGCGCUCGCUUUCCUUGGAUCUGCCCCCCUCGAAGACCAAUGUGACGACUCUCGUUGCGGCCUUGCGCAUGCGCUACAACGCCGGCCACAGCAACGCCCUCCAGAUCGAGCUCAAGAACGAGAUCAGCGAUGCUUUGCGCGCUGAGGCGACGGCAAUUGCGGUGACCUUCGUUGAAUAUUGCGCGAUGCGCUUUUGA